GUCAGAUAAAAUAAUAAUAAUAAAGCCAGCUAUUUUUGCUUCUUAGGCGAACACACAUUUCGUGUUCUUCGUCGUUCCACUCUUCAAUCGCUUUCUCUUUCUUUUCAUGGAUUCUCACUCUCGCUCCUCCGUCAUCAUCGUCGGUGCCGGUGUCUCCGGUAUCUCGGCGGCGAAGGUGCUGGCCGAUAGCGGCAUAGAGGACUUCGUCAUCCUCGAGGCUUCAGACCGCAUCGGCGGCAGGAUCCACAAGGAAACUUUCGGCGGCGUGUCCGUCGAGCUCGGAGCCGGUUGGAUCGUCGGGGUCGGCGGCAAAGAGUCCAAUCCUGUUUGGGAACUCGCCACCGAAUCGAGCCUCCGAACCUGCUUCUCCGACUACAGCAAUGCGCGAUACAAUAUCUACGAUCGCAGUGGGAAGAUAUAUCCGUGUGGAAUCGCUGCUGACUCUUACAAAAAAGCAGUGGAUUCAGCAAUUCAAAACUUAAGGAACCAAGAAUCAACUGAAAGCAGAGGUGAUUGCUCCAAAAUAACCGAAUCACCUUCGACACCAAUGGAGCUGGCAAUUGAUUUCAUCCUCCAUGAUUUUGAAAUGGCAGAGGUGGAACCAAUUUCUACUUUUACAGACUUUGGUGAGAGGGAAUUUUUGGUUGCGGAUGAAAGAGGGUAUGAGUAUUUGCUGUACAGAAUGGCUGAAGAUUUUCUCUUCACAUCUGAGGGUAAAUUAUUGGACAGUCGUCUCAAAUUUAACCAGGUCGUCCGGGAAUUACAGCAUUCGAAAAGUGGUGUUACGGUGAUAACAGAGGAUGGUUGCUCUUACGAAGCUAAUUACGUAAUUCUGUCUGUUAGCAUUGGCGUUCUCCAAAGCGACCUCAUUGCCUUCAAUCCACCCUUACCAAAAUGGAAAGUGGAAGCCAUACAGAAAUGCGAUAUAACGGUGUACACCAAAAUUUUUCUCAAGUUUCCAUAUAAGUUCUGGCCAAGUGAACCCGAAAAGGAAUUCUUCAUAUAUGCUCAUGAUCGGAGAGGCUACUACACAUUUUGGCAGCACAUGGAUAAUGCAUACCCUGGCUGUAAUAUCUUGGUUGUGACAUUGACAAAUGGAGAAUCAAAACGUGUGGAAGCUCAAUUGGAUGAAGACACCUCAAGAGAAGCUAUGGAGGUGCUCAGGGAUAUGUUUGGACCCAACAUACCUGAUGCCAUUGAUAUACUCGUUCCCCGAUGGUGGAAUAACAGGUUCCAACGUGGCAGCUACAGCAACUAUCCCAUUAUCUCUAAUUUCCAAGUUGUUGGUGAUAUUAAGGCUCCAAUAGGUCGCAUUUUCUUUACUGGGGAGCACACGAGUGAAAGAUUCAAUGGCUACGCACAUGGUGCAUACCUCGCAGGUAUUGACUCCAGCAAAGAGUUACUAGAAGAAAUGAGAAAGGACAACGAAAGAAACAGUGAGAGCCAAACGCUAUUAUUAGAGCCCUUGUUAGCGUUGACCGGGUCAUUAACAAUGUCCCAGUCAGACACGGUCCCAAAUCUCCACAAAUGCGAUAUUCCUACACAAUUAUAUUUCAGUGGCAAGCUUGUGAUGACUAAGGCCAUGUUAUGACUACACGGACUUGCAGAGAAGCCCUCCGUAAAUAAUGAAAGAAGAAUAGCUACUGAGAAUGAUCAUGGCCCGGAGAGUCUUGAUCCAAAUUCAGUUCGAGCCUUAGGUGCUACUGGAAAUGCAGAUUGGGGGAUACACUGGGCGGAUCUUCUCAGCGUAGUCCAAAAUAAAUACUAACGAAGCUUACUAGGUUAUUAAUUUUUUAAAGGAAAUAAUUGGUUUCUGUAUGUAGCUUUGUUCUUUAUAGCUAUUUAGAUUGAUUACGUUGGAAGGAUGCUGGCUUAUAUUUUGAUUAUAUGUUUUUUUUUUAAUUGUCAUUUAUGGAAAUGGUCUUAAAUUC